CCAAUUUGUUUCCUUUCUUUCUUUCUUUCUUUUUCUUUUUUUUCUCUCUCUUGCCAACAUCAUGCCAUCCGGUCUCAUCUACACCUCCACCGCAUGGCGCGAAGUGAUCGUCUCUGCGGAAUUUCGAAGAAAAUUGGGCGUGCAGGCGUUUGUGCUGUGCACUGUCCUAGCCAUCGCCUUUCUGCGUUCUCUGUACGCUCCAAAAGCAAAAGCAAAAGCUCGAGCAGACAGCUCAGCAUCAGCAUCAGCAUCAGCAUCAGCAUCAGCAUCAGCUUCUAAUUGGACCGAGGCAGCGAGAGGUGUUUGCAAAGAGGAGAAGGAGCAGCAGGAGGAAGAUGGUAGAGCGGGCAAAGUGGAGGAGAUAGCUCGGGUCUCUAGACUGCUGCUCUAUCCCAUCAAGAGCUGCGCGGCUUGCGAGAUGAAGUCGGCUGGGGUGGGAAGAAAAGGAUGGAAGUAUGACCGCAGGUGGUGCGUUUUCAAAGAGGGAAAAGGUAAAUUGAGUUUGCGCGAAGAACCUCGACUGACGUUGAUAGUGCCAGAGCUGGACGAAGAGCAGAAUGUUAUGCGCAUCUCACUCUCUGAGGAGGUGAAGGAUGCGAGUUUAAGGCAUGCGCUGCAUCCUUUUCACGUCGAUCUCAAUCCUUCUGCGCAGCAAUUGGCCAGUUGGGAGCAGGUGGUGGUGCCCAUGUACGGAGAUCAGGGACACGGACGUGUAGUAGCCCUCACGUCUCGCAGCGUAUCGGCACGUACCGCAGGAGCAGACGCCUUAUCACCCAGCGCUUGGAUAUCCAAAUUUUUGGGGUAUGAGGUCAAAUUGCUACAUUUCGAUCCGCUAGGCGAUAAGAGGGCUGCUUUCCCACUGCUCAGACCUCCAAGCGACUUCGAAAGCUGGGAGGAGAGCAAGAGAAAGGAUGUGGAGAGUGCUCGAGGUAUCGAAUUUCAGGACGAGUAUCCCUUUCUAAUAGCUACCGAAGAGAGCCUCGCAGCGCUGCGUCAGCAGCUAUCGGACGCGUUGCGCGGGUCGGUGGAAGCGCAACCUUCGGACGGUCGAGGAGGUGCAGUCUUGCGCAAUCUGGAAGCUGCGCGUGGACGCUGGGAAUUGUUUGGCGAAGCAUCGAUGGACAUGCGACGUUUCAGACCCAACAUCGUCUUGAGUUCACGCCAACCUUUUCGCUCUGAUCGGUCCGAAGCGACAGCGCAGCAACGCGACUCUUGCCGUUCGGCAUUCGAAGCGUAUAGCGAAGACCAGUGGGACGAAUUGCAUUUCUUCGAACCUAGCGAUACGUGUUUUCCAGGAACAGGAGAAGAGGAGGGGAAGGAGGAGGGGGAGAAGGAGGAGGGGGAGAAGGAGGAGAAGAAGAGGAUGGAAGCGAAGAUACAUCUGGUGGCGAGGUGCGAGAGGUGCAUCUUGACUUCUGUUGACCCUCAGACGGGUCAGAGGGAUGUUCAAGUACCUCUAGGACUCUUGCGAAGGUCUCGCAAUCUUCACAAGCACGCCAAAAGACCCGGACCUUGUUUUGGAAUGUACGGAAUCCCUGCACAGGUCAUCGGUAGCGAUCAUGUUGGCCAUGGCGAUCAUCGCGACGCGUCUUUGGGAUAUGGAAAUGUGCGAGUUGGCCAGCAUGUGGCUGUACGAUGGAGAUCACCCGGCUCGGACGUGCUCACAAGGUGAAAGAUGGACCCUUCUUGCCGCCCGCCUGUACCUGUUGCGCACGCCCUUCAUUCAAUGCCAUCGCACCGCAUUCCAGAG